GGAAAACCGUCCGAACCUGGCUUCAACGCGGCUAGAAGAUAAUGCUAUAGCCUUAACUUGCGACAUUCACCCUGGAUUGAGAUCAGCCUACACCGGUAAUCUAAGGCUCCUUUAGAAUAACUUCAAAUCAAAUCCGAGGUCCUAGAUAGGAAGUGAAAAGAAAAUGGCAACGUGUCUCACUGCUCCCAAACGGUCGUUUUUAGCCCUGCCAUUUCUUUUUCCGUCUUCGUGUGAGUCGACCACGUUGCAAACACGCCGGCAUCAAUCCUCGUAUAGACGGACGAAACAACGCCUACGUGUCAAACCAGAUGCGUCGUUUGGUGUUUCAUCCACCCAAUUUCAUGACCAAAUCAUCCACAACCCGCCUUCGAGCGCGCCCUCGGUAUACCAUACACCCACGAAAUUCCUCCCUGUCGAUGAUGUUCGUCGAACCCUCCGUGGCGCUUCCAUGAACAAUGAAAAUUCCGCUCAACUACCCUCUGUAUUCAAAACAUCUGUGGAGAAGAGGUAUCAUUUGAAUCCUUCAGACAUAGAAGAGAUCCGCAGACUGCGACUAAGCGACCCGAUGACUUGGAGCCGUUGGAAAUUGGCUAAGCGCUUUGACUGCUCCCCAAUGUUCAUUGCUAUGGUAUGUGAAGCUGGCCCACAAAAGAAAGAAAUCCAGAAACAAGUUUUGGAAGCGGUACAAUCAAGAUGGGGUACAAAACGUCGGAUGGCUAGAGAAGACCGACAAUUGCGAAAAGAGUCCUGGGGAAGAGAUGAAUGAGGGAGGAGAGUCCCGUCUUGACUCAGCUCUAGCCCAUUGAUCUUCCUUGCUCUGGUAGUUUGAAGGGUCAAAUUGAUUUGACGCUUGCUAUUUCUCUUG